CGUAGCAAAACAAAAGCCGCGAGGAGGUUUGAUGCGUUUCUGAUUCUCAGCAGUCCAGGCGGAGCGAGAAACCUACAUCCAUCUUCUUCACCAAUCUCCCUUCACGUCCUUCUCGAUGGUUCUUCAUAUAUUCAUCAACUCUUCCAUGUGACGACGUAGUUCCGCAGACUAGUUUCUACAGUUUUGUUUAUAUACUGGCACGUCACUCUCCAUGGCUCUUCCCCUCGGAAAGUUAACCAUCCUCGUCGGUGCAGGUAUUGUUGGAUCUGUUAUUGUGAAAGAAGGGGGCAUUUUUAAUGUUUCUGAUUUUUUCUCAGGGGUGUUUAAGAUUGCUUUUAGGCAACUUGGACAGGAUGAUUCUACUUCAUCAGUCCGCAAGCCUCUAGCCAAUGACUCUUUGAUGGCUCAGGUUAACAGUCUAAGGCAGGAGCUACAAUUGUUGGCAUUAAACAGGCCAGUUACAAUUGUUACUACCCAUGGAACAGGUGGUAGAAAAUAUGGCGUAGUUAUUGUUUUGGUGGUGGUUGGAUAUGGCUAUGUAUGGUGGAAGGGGUGGAAACUUCCUGAUUUCAUGUUUGCAACGAGGCGUAGUUUGGCUGAUGCAUGUGAUUCCAUAGCUAAACAGUUGGAGAGUGUUUACUCAUCAAUUUCGGCUACAAGGCGGCAACUGUCAUCAAGAAUUGACAGAACAGAUACUGGUUUGGAUGAAAUUGAGGGUAUCACUAGAGAAACGGGGAGAGAGGUUUCUGAACUACGAGAAGGUGCAGCAAGAAUUGGGGAGGAUGUCAGGUCUGUUCGUCAUGUAGUUGAAACUCUGGAAAGUAAAAUUAGUCGAAUUGAAGGGAAGCAGGAUUUGACGACACAAGGAGUAAAGAGGUUGUGUGAUUUUGCCCAGAAUCUGGAACAAAGUAGAACUGCAGAGCGAAAUCAGGCUUCUCUAUCAAGUUCAUCUAGGCCAGCUCUUGAAUCAGCGCCAGUGACGCCAUCAUCGAGGACUGUGUCUUUGGCUCCUGUUUCUCCACGAGAACCAGAAUUAUCAUCUGCUUCAAAUGGAUCUCAAAAGGUUAAGCGACCCCUUCAACAUGUUCUGUCAGCAUCAGGACUAAAGGAUGUGGGUGGUGAGUUGCCGAACAUUCAUGAGGUUUCCGAUGGGAACCAUACUCCGAAAGAGACAGUCACCGAGUCCUCAAGUUCUUGUCUCUUUGGGAUGAGAUUUUCUGGUUUUAGUGCUGCACGUAUAAUGAGAACGCGAAGCGCAUUGAAUGCUUUGCCGCCGCAUUUAACUUCAGCUAGACAGGGAUAGCCUCCUUUUUGUGCAUCAGAAAACCAUUAAGAUUUUUCUUUAUUGUAGCCGGAAUCCAACCCUGUUUGGAAGCAGGGCGUGGUCAGCGGCUACCGCCUAAGUUUCUCCUUCAGAAUGCCGAGAAUGUCCAAAUUUUCUUUAGUAGAAUACAGAGUGGGUACCGAAUUUUUGUAGAAAUGCUGCAUAUGUUAGAAAGAGGUUAGGGUAUGUUUAGAAGAAAGAAAUGGCUGUCAUUACAGAAUUUACUUAUAGGUUCUUAUUUUGUUCUUCUUAAAUGUCAAUGCUCGCAUUUAAUUUAAAUUAAGUAAACAUUGCAAAAGCAAUCAAUUUAUUAUAAACAUAUGCUUAAUUUUAUA